AUGCCAGUCGACACCACCAGGGUUAUCAGUACCAGGAGGACUCAGAAGCAUAUUUCGGAGGAAGAACUUAAAGAUAUCGAACUCAAACGACUACGAGGCAUCCUAUCGGCUGGCCAAGGAACGAGGUUCAUAUUGGCCGACACCGACCAACUGCAUCGCAAGAUAGCAGAGAUGAGCAACCGUAUACGGCAACUCGAGGACGCUCUCGCUAUCUUACAGGCGACAGUCUCUGAUGAACGCCACCCCUUACUCAGCGACGAGCACUUGAAGAUCAAGUUUGGCUCAGAAGCUUUGGACCCCAAGAAACCAGCAGAGCCAGCGAACGAGGAUGACGCCAAGCAUGCGAUCGAUGCACUGGGGACGCUGACGCUUGGAGAGAGCGGUGAAAUGAAGUACUUUGGACGUUCGGCCGGGUCUGAGACACUCAUGAUGGCCGAGGACUCCGAAGAAGAUGAGGGCCAGGAAGGCGAGAUGCCCAUCCCGUUGUCUCCCGAGAUCGAGCAAAUGGACAAUAUGGUCCCGUUGCUCUCCCACCGCGAACCCACACCACAACUCCUGCAACACUUCGACUCGUUCCUUCCGAGCAGGGAAAAGGCCACAGCGCUGUGCGAAGUGUACCUCCUCCAUGGAACGUUCUUCUUCCGCCCUGUCAAGCGAGACGAGCUCUACGAUGUUCUCCUCCCUUCGGUUUAUCAGGGGGCACUUCUUCGAUCCCAAGGUCAACCUGCGAUGGAGGAGGAUGGUGCUCCACAUGCUACGGCGACGCUAUUCUUCAUCUUUUCACUGGGUGCCCUGUUGGACGUGCAGUUGACCCCAUACAACGCGUUGGCGGAACACUACUACCAUCUAGGGAGGGCGGCGCUGUCGUUGAGACCGGUAUGCGGCUCCCCAAGCUUGGAGACUGUUCAAGCGGUGGGAUUAAUGGCCACCUACCAUAACCUUGCGGGCAAGAAGUACUCCAGGGAUAGCGCGUGGUGUAUCAUGAGCCUGGCUGCCAAAUUAGCCCAAAGUUUCGGGCUCCACAGGGACAGUGCACGAUGGAAUCUUGACGCCCAAACAGUACAGAAGCGACGAAACCUCUUUUGGGAAGUCUUUGCCGCUGAUGUGUCACAUAGCUUAGCACUUGGGCGUCCUCCGGCCAUACACCUUUCAUACGUUGAUUGCGAGUUUCCCGAAGAUGAAGAGGCCUCGACCUCUCCAGCGGGCGAGAAACAAAGCGGCUUCUGGGCAUUGAAACAUCACUACGCGAAGCACAUCUUUUAUGCAGUCGCCGAAGCCACAUUGACUGCGCAGGCACCCAGCUACGAAACUGUGCUCGACCUCGAUCGGAAGGUCCGCGAGAUGUCCUACCAAUCGUCGGCGAAACCCUAUGCCUCCCGUGAGGUAGAUGGCAAGGAGAUAUACCACUCGUCGUCACUUUCGCUACGGGAUUUCUACGUCAGUCAAUAUCGCACAGCCGCAGUUAUGAUCUACCUCCACCGAAGCUUCUUCGCUCAGGCCGUUCUUGAUCAUCCCUCAAACCCGCUGUUGAGCACCUUUGCUCCUUCGUUCCUGACGGCAUAUCGGUGUGCGUCGGUGAUCAUCAAAGCGUCGGUGCACCACUUUGAUCGCUGUGCGAGCAUGGCGAAACGUGUCUGGUUCCUGCUUUAUCAUACAUUUUCCGCGGCGGUCAUUGCAGGAACGAUCGUCACUCGCUCACCGGCUUCAACUAUGGCUCGAAAUGCCAUCAAGGAUUUGGACAUCGCUGUGGGGCUGUUCGAACAAGCUGCUGACCAAUCUCAUCGUGCUAGAGUGGCUUUAGCUGUUCUCAAACGGUUACAGGACAAGGCGCAUCGCUCCUACAAAACCAUCGAAGGUGGCAAGGAACCCCCAAGCCCUGACAUCCAGGAUGAAGAUGAUGAUCAACUAGCUAUCUUCGGAGGGCAGUUGAGGGUUGUCACGAAGAAGUCUGGUCGAUCGAAAGAUAAUAGUGGUACCGGUGGAGGCGACUCCCCCCUCGCCGAUGCGAGGGAGCGGUCAAGGUCAGCAAGCAGAGACCGCGAUACGACGCUUUCACUUCCAGUCAACACACCGUCACCGGAGGCUGUUCGAGGCUCCCCUGCCUCGAUGGACGCUACGCCUUCUACGACGACACUGUCUGACUCUCCCCUUGCUACGACGACGUUCGCUGGGUAUCCCCUUCCUCUUUCCUCUUCAGAUCGGUUCUUAGAACAGUUUUCGCGGUUUGCACCACCGCCACCCGCCCCUUCCAAGCCUCUCAGUACGCCAGGAGCCACUCACCUAGGACAUCCAUCAACAUCGCCACCUGUACAACAGUGGGCGGGUGGUUGGGACUGGAACAUGAGUCACGCUCCUGCGCCGCAACGCUCGAGGCCAGUGGACUGGUUGACGAACGCGCCGCCACUCACCAGAAUUACUCACAACUCCUUCCCUUCAUCGAGCCAGGGCUUUAUGCAUCGCCAUCCGCAAUCCUUCGAACGCAACACCCCGUUUUCGACAUUUGGAGGUUCUGAUGCCUCUACAGGAAGUCAGUACCCGCAAGCAAGCCAGUACGAUCUCCAAGAAAACGCGGGUGUUUUGUCAUCCAUGUUCUCCUCGAAUGUUCCUACUGGAAACAGAUCAACAUCGUCGACAGAACUCCCCGAGUUGGCACAGUUCAAAAGUCCGUUCGGAGACAUAUUCCACGGGCAGCCGCAAGCUGGCCCAAGUCGACCUGCCGCUGGCCCACCCGGAAGCCAUCCGGGGAAUCCGGGCGCCGUCGAACUCGGGCUUUCUGGUGAGUCGAGAUUGGACUCAGGAUGGAUCGCGUUUAUGAGAGAUUGUGGGAUCUUUGGGAUGGAUACGUCUCAGUGAUGUGUAUGUAUUUUAGUCACGCUAUCGUUCGGCUCUGUAUCGUAUCUUUGGGCGCUUCUUUUCGAUGGAUGACAUUCGUUUA